UGGAGUGGGAAAACAGAAUGAAACCACUAAGCAGGGCCUACUGCAGCUGGUAGUGUUUCACCAGAACCAGGACACCUUCUCAGGAUGUUUCCAAUGUUUUUUUCACAUGGAAACAGUUGGGUUCUGGUACUUGCAUUAGCAUUUUACAGCAGUGUUUGUUUACUGGUUGGGGCGCAGUUGACUCUUCUGCCACAUCAUUAUCACACAGCACAUAGGAAUGCAGGGCUUGGUUUCGUUGACCACCUCAUUAGUCAGUUGAAUCUUGGGUCCAUUGGCCAAAGCUGAUACAGGAACAAAACAGAAAAGGUAUGUGCAGUGUUCAUUGUUACAUCCAUCGUCUUCUGACCACCAGGAAAAUCAGCUGGUACUUGAUAGCUGGAGUGCUCUGAUAGGAGCUUGUGCAUUGGAUAAGACAUAAACCCUUACUCCCAGCUGAGCAACAUGGACUUUGCUAAGGACAAAACCUGAACUUUUCCGAGAGCUCAUGCAGAUUAUGGUGCUAUUUACCUUUGCUGGGGGAUAUUUCUGUCUGUUCAGCCAUCAGAAUGCCAGAUCUGACAUUGGAGUGUGUUUUUCUUCAGUGGCAUGGGACACCAGCUCCUCUGUAAUGAAUGGGAGUAAACAACUCCUCUGUAAUGAAUGGGAGUAAACAUGUGCUGGGAACGGCACAGAGGUGGGAUUUGAGGAAAUCAUUAGUGCAGAAUUCUUGGUUUCAGCUCAUGUUUUGCUGUUAUUAAAAGGACACUGUGUCUGUGUUAAACCUGACAGAAUAUAAAUAUUAUCACUUCAUAUUCAGGAUUCAUCUUCUAGAGAGAAGAGAGUUAGCUGUUUUUGUUUUUUUUAUUAAUUAUGAGGGAAUGUAGUAUUUAAGCUGUAGUUACCUCAGUGCUUCUAUUGCUUGGAGUAUUAAUUCAUUAAUCUCAAAAAUAAGAACAUUUGGCACUUAUAUUGCACUUUGCAUGUUCUUAAGCACUGUACAGACAUUACCUUGUUAGGCCUUUGUGAGAGGGUUGAUCAGCCCUGCUUGCCAAAGAAGGGGAACUCAGCACAGCCAAGCUGCUGGCAGGCAGUGAAACAAGCUACAAAGGUGGCAAGUUUUGUAAGGAAAAGAGGGAUGAGGUGGAUCAUUUGAGUAUAUCCAGCUUGAAGAACCUUUCCAUGCCUUCGUGGACUACCCCCUUCCUUACUUUGUGGGGUUAAAGCCCUGCCUUACUCUGUAUGUCAGAGAGGAGACAUAAGUGAGCAGGAUAAUUCCUUGGGGGUGGGUGUCAGUGGCAAACGGACUUAAGGACCAAGGGUUUGCAUUUGUUUACUCUGUGUCUGCUCCUCUGUGCCUCUACCUUUCCCCAGAAGUGCUUUGUAUGAGGUUUUGCUGCAGAUUGUUUGGAAAUCAGGAGCAGGAUGUUUCCAUCUGGGUAAAAAUGGAGUGUACACUCAUUAAGUUUUGUCUUUGUAUGACUUACUCAGAGGCACAGAAGCAAAGUGUUGUGUGGCAGAGCCUUGGUCCAGUACUGUAUUUAGACAUCCUAUUUGUCUUUGUUCCUUACUCAGAGGUGUAUUUCAGCACAAGCUUAUAUCCAUCUCUGGACAAAGCAACUUGACUUUCUGAACAAGCCUGAAUCCCAUUGCCUUCCCAUGUAAAAUAUAACUGCAUGCCUAAAAUUCAGUACAUGGUUUGCUGGUUUAAGAACAGGCUGUUAGAGCAAGAACACUUAAGCUCCAGAAAGAUGGCUCUUAGCAUAAUACAGGAAUAAAUCAAUUAAUAAUAGGGAGGUUCUAACUGCUGCAUUUUUUACUUCUAAUAUGUUAGAGAGAUUGCACCUGUGGGUAUUCAUUAGGAAAAAAAGAACCAAAAAUCCCAGUAUUUGCCGGGAAGCACUCUGCAGCGAGGUCAUUAUUGCUAUCACCAUUCCCAUCACAGUCUCUUGUAGUACUCAACACUCCUUAAGCUGUGCACUUGCCUGGAAGUAUUUUGUGUGCUUCCCUUUUAUUCUGUACUCCUGCUUGAAACAAGUUGGGCAGAGCCGCUGCUGAAUGUCAGAAGGGCGCACAGGAGUAUGAAUGCAUUGUGGAGGAGUAGGUGCUGGCCCAAAACGCUGUGUUUAGGAGAAAAGAUUCCAAGGCAUGUGUGGAAGCACAAAACCAGUAGUAUUGCGUAAAAAGCACAUUUUUCACACAGGUACUGAGACAAAUGCAGCCUUCAAGCAGGUCUGGGGGGCUGCAAGAGUUUACACCAUGGCUGAAUUCGGCUGCCUAUGUUAAUGUCACUAAUCUGUUAUUAAGUGUAAAUGUUGUUCAUAUUUUUGUACACACAUUAUAACCCUCCCAUAACUGUUACCAGAGUCGUUCUCUCACUUGAGUUGUCAUUAACAAAAGCAGUAAUUGAGAAAUGCACACGUUUUGUAAAACUGUAUUUCCCACCUUAAAUACAGAAAAGAAAAACAACUUAUUUCCAGUUCCUGAUGGUCUAUGGUGUUUGUACUAUUAUUUCAACUUGCAUUCAUCUUUAAAUAUUUUACUUUUAAACAUGUGUCCAGCUGGCAGGGUGAUCCUGUCAGGCGCGGCAGCUGGAGCGGUUUCCAGGACGGGAAGGUGUCCCGUGUGGAGCACGGCUCCCUCCUCACCGGGCCGGCUUUAGGAGCGCGGCCGCGCCGGCUGUGCCACCGGGGCGGGGCCCCGCAGGGCCACGCCCAUUGCCCGUGUGACCACGCCCCCUUAGUCUCUCCCCUCCCGCCUGUUCCCGCCCUCGGGGGCGCGAGGGCUGUGCGCGAGGGGAGCGCAGCGCAGCGGCGAUUGGCUGCCCCGCCCCUGCCCCGCGGUGAUUGGCGGGAGCGCCGGCCCGGCGGGAUUGGGCGGUUCAAAGGGCGGGCGCGGCCGCGCUGCGCGGCCAUGGAGGCUGUGCUGUGCUCCGAGCACGGGUCCCUCUGCUUCCUGAAAACGGGCGUCCGCGAUGGCCCCAACAAAGGGAAGAGCUUCUACGUGUGCGGGGCGCAGGGCCCCGCUGCCUGCGGAUUCGUCCUCCCAGCGCCGGUUCCUGCUUCGCACUGCUUGGUCCAUGAGGGGUGCGUGGUGGAACUGCAAGUCCUGGUUCAGCAGCCGGACAGAGAUGAAUACCGGUUGUUUUACCGGUGCCUUAAGAGUAAGUUGAAUGGGAAGAAAUGGUGUGGAAGCUUCCCAUGGCAGGAUCCAAAAGCUACCAAAGUGUCAAAACCCUUGCAAUCCCAGCUCAGAACAGUACCUUUCUUCAAUCUCACUAGCCAAAGAAAUCCAUUCAAAGUGCUAAAUGAGAAUCGUGCACCAUCAUCCUGGGAAAAAAUGAAGCAAAGAAAUGGAGAGGAAGUUAAAGCAACAGGAGGUAAAGCAGAGAAUGAGAGUGUGCUGGUGUCACAUAAAGAAAAGAAAUCGACCUCUGAUUCCUCCUUAGAGACAGUACCUCUGAAAGAGCUCAAAAAUAAAAAGAAAUCAUCCACAGGAAGUAAAAGUGACACAGAACUUCAGGAGACUACAGUGUCUGAAUCUAAACUUUGCCAUUCUGAGACCAGGAAGGGGAAAAAUAUACUUUCAGAGGAAGAGAAAUAUGGUGGCAGUGGCAAGGAAUCCAAGAAGCCUUCUGACUGUGUGGACAAGGAGUCAGGCACAAGAUCAAAACUCUUCCCACUAAGUCUUGGAAAGCAAAGUACAAGUACCAAGCCUCCAGGAGAGGAGACGCUUGGGAAAAAAAACUUAGGAAGUUGUAGGGAUGGAGAAACAAGAGAGAAAGAUUGCACUGGUCAGAAGAACGGUGAAAUGACACUGGUGCCUAAGGAAGAUGCCCCUUCCCCAGCAGGAGUGCAGUCGGCAUCUCAGUGUGCUGCCCUGAGGGGAGGGGCAGAGGCAGAGCUGCCCAAGGCACAGCUCAGGCCAGGGCUGCCACAGCCUCCUGGUGAAGCCUCUGGCAGUGACAGUGAUGAAGAACAAUUUAUUCGUUCCUCAUCGGGUGAAAAUAAACCUGAGAAAUCAGUGGAGAUUCCUUCAGGAAAAUCAGGAAAGUGUGUGCAGGGGACAGCUUUGCCAGGAGCAGCAGCAUCACAUCACAUGGAAGGACCCCAGGACCCUAAAGUGCUUCAUAACCAUCUUCUACUCCAGCUGAAACAGAAAAAGAGUACAUUGGCUACAGUGAACGUUCAGAUGCUGCCAGAUAAAGGGGAGCGCUUGUUAAAGCAAGUGCAGGAUUUGGAAGCUGCACUCAGUGCUCUUAACAUUUCAACAGCAGAUACUAGUGAACAAGGGCAGGAUAGCACAAGCAGUAGCUGCUGCGAAGAGUCUUUAUCUAACCCAGUUGACAGGCCAGGUGGUACAAAGUUGAUAACACCUCCCCUGCUUCAGGAUCCUACAGCAAAGGCCUCUGCAGGCUCACAGAGUCACCCCUCAGCUGCUGCUACUUUGGAUUCCAGUGGCCAAAGUUUUGGAAUGAGUGUUGGUGUGCAGAAUCUGUAUGGGGGAAGAAUGACAGAAGACCGAAUCAGGGCUGUACACAGUGCCACAUUUGAGGCUAUUAAUCAUCUUCACAAAUCUCUAGAAUCCUGUCCAACAGAGGAGACAGCAGCUGAAGAUCCCUCUGGGCUGAAGGUCUCACUGCUGCAGCACCAGAGACAGGCGCUUGCAUGGCUCCUCUGGAGAGAGAGUCAGAGGCCAUGUGGAGGAAUUCUGGCGGAUGACAUGGGCUUGGGGAAGACUCUAACGAUGAUUGCUCUCAUUCUGGCCCAGAAGCAUCUGAAGACAGAGAAAAGAAAGGAGGCAUUAGAAAUAUGGCUAUCCAAAAAUGACUUCACUGUUAUCCCUUCCCAUGGCACUUUAGUAAUUUGUCCUGCAUCCUUGAUCCACCACUGGAAGAAAGAGAUUGAGAGACAUGUAGCCUUUGGCAAACUGAGGGUCUGUCUGUACCAUGGGGCAAAUAGAGAAAAGCAUGCAGAGGUGCUUUCUGGAUAUGAUGUUGUUGUCACAACCUACAGCCUUCUCUCCAAGGAGGUUCCCACAACCAAAGAGGAGGGAGAAGUCCCUGCUCAGGACUACGAUGUGGGGAGUGGAUCAUUUCCCUGUUCCCCUUUGCUCAGGGUAGCUUGGGCUCGAAUUAUAUUGGAUGAAGCUCACAAUAUUAAAAACCCACGGGUUCAAACCUCUAUAGCUGUGUGCAAACUGAGAGCCAGUGCCAGAUGGGCUGUCACUGGGACGCCGAUACAGAACAACUUGCUGGACAUGUACUCGCUCCUGAGGUUUCUACGUUGCUCUCCUUUUGACGAAUACAAAGUUUGGAAGUACCAGGUAGAUAACAACACAAGGAAGGGAGGGGAGAGGCUAAGCCUCUUAACCAGGAGCCUCUUACUGCAGAGAACUAAGGACCAGCUGGAUUCAGCUGGCAAGCCCCUGGUAUCUCUGCCCCAGCGUAGGACACAAUUGCAUCAGUUAAAACUUAAAGCAGAGGAGCAAUCUGUGUACAAUGUGCUCUUUGCAAGAUCCAGGUCAACACUACAGUCGUACCUAAAGAGACAAGAGCAGAAAAAUGAAGACAGAGAGUAUGAUGGUGGUAACCCCUUUGAGAAAGUUGCACAAGAGUUUGGAGUCAGUCAAAAGGAAUUUCUAGCAGGCUCACAAAGUGCCUCCCAGGUCUCAAGUACUGUCCAUGUCUUGUCCAUGCUCUUGAGACUCCGUCAGUGCUGCUGCCAUCUCUCCUUACUGAAAGUGGCUCUGGAUCAAGUUAACUUGAACAGUGAAGGGCUUGUACUCUCCAUUGAGGAACAGCUUGGUGCUUUGACACUGUCUGAGCUCCAGACUCCUGAUUCCAAGUCAACAGUCUACCUCAAUGGCACAGCUUUUCAAACAGAUAUCUUUGACAUCACCAGAGAGAGCACCAAGAUAGCUCAACUCUUGGCUGAAUUGAAAACUAUUCAGAGCCACACAGAGCCUCAUAAAAGCGUGGUUGUCUCUCAGUGGACGAGCAUGCUCAAAGUUGUAGCUGUGCACCUGCAGCGCCUGGGGCUGAAGUAUGCCGUAGUGGAUGGCUCUGUCAAUCCCAAACAGAGGAUGGAUGUGGUGGAAGAGUUCAAUAACAAUCCCAAAGGGCCUCAGGUAAUGUUGGUCUCGUUGCUGGCUGGAGGCGUUGGCCUGAACUUGACUGGAGGAAACCAUCUCUUUCUCCUUGACAUGCACUGGAAUCCUGCUCUGGAGGACCAGGCAUGUGACCGCAUUUACCGUGUGGGGCAGAAGAAGGAUGUUGUGAUACACAGGUUUGUCUGUGAAGGAACGGUAGAAGAAAAGAUCCUGCAACUCCAGAAGAGGAAGAAAGGUCUUGCCCAGCAGGUUCUGUCAGGCAAAGGAGAGACCUUCACUAAGCUCACUCUGGCUGACCUUAAAAUUCUCUUUGGCAUCUAAUUAUCAUUUGCUAUACCCAACAGAAAGUAAUUUAUACCUGCGAGUAACUGCAGAUUUCAUCAUAAGGCUUCUGUUCUGAGGUGGUUGUUUGUUUUGAACAACUACAUUUUUGUAACUGUUCUGGAAAGUUACCAACUUCAAUAGCUAGUUUCAAUGUUGAUCAUUUAUACAAAGGUUAAUAAAGUUGUAAGUUAAGGUACUGUUUUGAAACAAAAA